CGGAGGGGCGGGCGCCGCAGCCCCGCUCGCAGCCGCCGGCGUCAGCGCCGGAGGGCGGGGCCGCGCGGGGAGACGCGGCUGGAGCUGCGCCCGCGGCUCGGGCCUCCUCCGGCAGCUCCCCGCAUCCUGGCUCUCCGCUUCCCUCCCCGCCGCGCCCCCGCACGAAGAUGGCCACGGACGGGCUGCACGAGAACGAGACGCUGGCGUCGCUGAAGAGCGAGGCCGAGAGCCUCAAGGGCAAACUGGAGGAGGAGCGGGCCAAGCUGCACGACGUGGAGCUGCACCAGGUGGCGGAGCGGGUGGAGGCCCUGGGGCAGUUUGUCAUGAAGACCAGGAGGACCCUCAAAGGCCACGGGAACAAAGUGCUCUGCAUGGACUGGUGCAAAGACAAGCGGAGGAUCGUGAGCUCGUCGCAGGACGGGAAGGUGAUCGUGUGGGAUUCCUUCACGACUAACAAGGAACAUGCGGUCACCAUGCCCUGCACGUGGGUGAUGGCAUGUGCGUACGCACCGUCGGGCUGUGCCAUUGCGUGUGGGGGUUUGGAUAAUAAGUGUUCUGUGUAUCCACUGACCUUUGACAAAAAUGAAAGCAUGGCUGCCAAAAAGAAGUCUGUGGCUAUGCACACCAACUACCUGUCGGCCUGCAGCUUCACCAACUCUGACAUGCAGAUCCUGACGGCGAGCGGUGACGGGACAUGCGCCCUGUGGGACGUGGAGAGCGGGCAGCUGCUGCAGAGCUUCCACGGGCACGGGGCCGACGUGCUCUGCUUGGACCUGGCGCCCUCAGAAACGGGAAACACCUUCGUGUCCGGGGGAUGUGACAAGAAAUCCAUGGUGUGGGACAUGCGCUCCGGCCAGUGCGUGCAGGCCUUUGAAACCCAUGAAUCAGACGUCAACAGUGUCCGGUACUACCCGAGCGGAGAUGCCUUUGCCUCAGGAUCAGAUGAUGCUACGUGUCGCCUCUACGACCUCCGGGCAGACAGAGAGGUCGCCAUCUAUUCCAAGGAGAGUAUCAUAUUUGGAGCAUCCAGCGUGGACUUCUCCCUCAGUGGUCGCCUGCUGUUUGCUGGAUACAACGAUUAUACCAUCAACGUCUGGGAUGUGCUCAAGGGGGCUCGAGUCUCCAUCCUGUUUGGACAUGAAAACCGUGUUAGUACUCUACGGGUUUCCCCUGAUGGAACCGCUUUUUGCUCAGGAUCCUGGGAUCACACCCUAAGAGUCUGGGCUUAAUCGUUUCCUCACAAUACACUUUUAGGUACCUGAGGUUAGAAUUUGAAAUCGCCACAUGUCAAUAGAUCUUACUUCUAGAGGACUUGAGAGUUUAUCACAACUUGGCUGAAAGGUCACCAAACAUCUCCAAUAUUACUAUUAAAACCAUCACCCCUGGAAAAGCACCACUGUCAGCCUUCAGCACUAGGAGAACACCUUCAAGUACAGUGUUGCUGGGGGUUUUGUUGUUCUUUUUAUUUUGAGCACUUUUAAAUUUUAUUCAUUAAGAAAAAAAAUAUCCUAUCUAAUAAUAGAGUAACAUGUAAAUUACCAUCACUCCGCUACACCCACGAUUGGGCGGCGGGAGGCUGGGGGGCGGGACUCGGGGUGGCCUAUCCGGCCAUUGAGAGGCACAGAUCCGCUGCCACUGAAGGGGGCUACCCUGCUGUUGAGAGGCGCAGGGGGCGGGACUCCCGCCCCCUGUGCCUCUCAAUGGCCAGAUCCGCAGCCGCUGAGGGGGCCUGCGGCGGACACCCAGCUGCGCCUCUCAACGGCAGGG